GUAGUCCUAUAUAAGCUGGGCCUUUACGAUAGAACGGUACCACAAGUUAGUAUUGACUCUAGCCAGAUUUCGUUGCUUCACACUUCCAAAAUGUUCAGACUCGUCUUGGUUUUAUCUCUUUGUUACAUCGCUGCAGAAUGCGGACACGUCAAACGAGGCGGCUGUGACAGUGUCCUGGCUUGUUCCAGCCCUCUAGAGAGUGUUGGACCAGAUAAUGUCGACAAUCUCAGCGAUGAAGCAGCCUACGAAGAGUUUUGUCAGAAAGCCACAGCAUUCAGCUCCUGCUUCAGCUUAGCUGAGGGCGAAUGCGACAACUCAGAGCUUAAAAAUAACGUCAGGGGUCAGGUCAACAUGGCUGAUUUCUUGUGUUCAGAUGAAACCAAAGACGAUAUUUCUGCCUUGGCUGACUCUGAGUGCGCCAAGAACGAACUGAAGAUGGUAGAAGUCCAACAGGGUGUCGAAGGCUGUAUGAUGAGCUUCCAAAACGAACUGCAGUUUGCCUUCAUCUCUGCCAUGUUGUCUGGUCAAGAUGCUUCGGCCGUCAACUUUUGCCCAUUGGUGGAUCAACUGUCCGUUUGCGUGAUCAACAAAGCUACUGAAAGCUGUGGUAGCAGUGUUGGAGGUUUCCUCAGCCGCAUGUGGAAUGUGGCGACUGGACCUUCCUUUGAGCAGCUGGGUUGUGGCAACCAGGCCAGGAAUGCCCGUCGCAGCAUUGAGACCAUUGUCCCACUACUGGCUAAGGCCGCCAAACGAAGGCGUUGAGCAUCUGAUCUAGCACCGUUCUCAAGUUACUGCAAUAUACUUCAUUAAUCUGUUGAAGCAUUUCUUAUAUUUGUCUGGUCAUUAAAAUGUGUUUUCAUUAAAAAUGAAAUUGGUA